AUGACCGACCCCCCCAGACUUCAUCUCCUGCCUGACGUGAGCCAGCAGAUAGCGGCAGGGGUAGGGGAAGUUGACCGUCUCGCCAUUGAAGGUCCUCAAACAGACAAAGCUAAUACAGACAAUAUACCAGCCAAGACAGACAAUAUACCAGCCCAGACAGACAAUAUACCAGCCAAGACAGACAAUAUACCAGCCCAGACAGACAAUAUACCAUCCCAGACAGACAAUAUACCAUCCCAGACAGACAAUAUACCAUCCCAGACAGACAAUAUACCAGCCAAGACAGACAAUAUACCAGCCAAGACAGACAAUAUACCAGCCCAGACAGACAAUAUACCAGCCAAGACAGACAAUAUACCAGCCAAGACAGACAAUAUACCAGCCAAGACAGACAAUAUACCAGCCCAGACAGACAAUGUACCAGCCAAGACAGACAAUACAGACAGUUAA